GAUAAGGAUCUCACAUUCACACUUGGGGCCGUACAGGAAAUGAUAGGGUAUUUAGUGUUUUUGGUGACUGACACUCAUUAUAAGCAGACUGUGGACUUUUGAGACAGUUACAGAACAUCACUGUACAUUUGAGGACAUUUUAUCCAAAUACGUUCAGAUACAACGGCGGGGGGAAAAAAGGAGCCCUGGUCUUGCAGCCACUGUUCACCAGAGAGGGGAAGGCAUCGCCAUGUCAGAUACUGGAAUAAAUCAUACCUUCAGCACGACGUUCGAUUACUCAGCCUUCUAUGAAGAAACUUACAUAAACUACACUCCUACCAAUGUUGUGGAUUUGAAGAAUUUUGGAAGUGUGUUUCUGCCCACUCUGUACACUUUGGUUUUCAUCGUCGGCUUUGUUGGUAACGGCAUAGUUGUGUGUGUCCUGGUGACACACCGCAGCCAGACCAACCUGACUGACAUCUGCCUGUUCAACCUGGCUCUCUCCGACCUCCUCUUCCUGCUCACGCUGCCUUUCUACGCUCACUUCGCCGCGGUCGCCCGCUGGACUUUCGGGGACUUUAUGUGCCGCUUUGUCUCACUCUGCUACCUCGCCGGCUUCUUCAGCAGCAUCUUCUUCAUGGUUGUCAUGACGCUGGACCGCUACUUGGUCAUCGUGCACACACACAGGGUGGCGCGCCAUCGCACCAAGAGGGCGGCCGCCGUUCUCAGCUCGUGUGUCUGGCUGCUGAGCGUGUGUGUCUCCCUUCCGGCGUUUGUCUUCACCGGGGUCACAGACGAGUCUCAUGGGCCGAAAUGUGCCUACGCCCCGGACAACGCUGCCUGGGAGCUUUACACACUCUGUGCAACGAACGCAUUAGGUCUGGUGAUUCCCUUGCUGGUAAUGGUGGUUUGCUACUCCAGGAUCGUCCCUACAUUGUUGACCAUGAGGAGUGCGAAGAGGCACCGCGUUGUGAAGCUGAUCGUCUCCAUAGUGGUUGCCUUCUUCUUGUUCUGGGUCCCCUAUAACAUUUCCAUUGUCUUGCACAUGCUGCAGUCUCUAGGCAAGUUGUCGGACGACUGCCGUCUUCGCGCAAAUAUAAACCUGUCCGUCACACUGACCGAGACCUUUGCUUACUCUCACUGCUGCCUGAAUCCCAUCAUAUACGCCUUUGUGGGACAGAAGUUUAAGACGCGAGCCGUGCAGCUGCUGAGGAGGUGGGCUCCUGCCACUCGCUCCGCCAGAGACCUGUUGGACGGCUACCUCAGGAAAAACUCGGUCGUGUCCAGGUCCUCUGACGUCACCUCCUCUUUUGUCAUGUAGGAGGUCGGAGGGCAGCGGCAAAGUGGUUUAUGGUGUUUAUCGUCCCCUUACAUUUUCCAUCUAUGACAACUUUGUUCAUCAGCAAUGUGUCGAGUAUUAACGCUGCCUGCACCUGCACCUGCACAUGCAAUUAUUUUUAAACCAUUUUGGUCAAACCCUUUGCACCGCUUGACAGAAACUACGGAUGUUUGUGAAAGCCUGUGACCACAAUGUUUCUUUCUCCGCGCCUGAUUCCUGUUUCCAUCCUUUUCACACAUUUUGAAUUAAGUCUACAAGUUGGUGGGGGAAACCAACAUUCAGACUAACUGUCAAUGCUACCGUUUGAAAAAAAACAACCCAAAAAUAUUUUGAAGUGCCCUUUCAAUUUUUUCACUUUCAUUGUCAAUUCAGCUACUUCUUUCAACUAUGGUGAUUAUGUUUUUUGUUGCAUCUAUUGCGUAUUUUUUGUUUGUCAAGGAUUUGAAUCUGGCUCAUCAGACCUGUGUUUUGUUGUGAUGUAUGUAAAGUGCCUUGAGAUGCUGUGAUUUGGCGCCAUAUGAAUACAAUUGAAUUUAUUUUUCCAAUAUUGUCUCAUGCCUCACAUUUCUGUAAAUGUGGAAUAUAUUGUAUUUUGUCCGCCUUCAAUACAUUCUCUUUUUGACUCA